UGUUUGUUGAUUGCACGUGUGUUUACUUUUUUUUCGUUUAUCUAAACGCUCCAGAAUUUCUGUGCACAACUUUGUAAAUUACAGAUAAAUAAUACAGGAAACAUGGCCAGGAGACCAGAGCAUUCGGCACCGCCAGAAAUUUUCUACAACGAUGAUGAGGCCAAGAAAUAUUCCACAAACACCCGCAUCAUUGAGAUCCAAGUGGAAAUGGCUGAACGUGCCUUGGAACUAUUGGCGCUCCCGGAUGAUGAUGAGUCUCGCUUGAUUUUGGACAUCGGCUGUGGUUCUGGACUCUCAGGAAGCGUUCUUGAGGACAGCGAGCAUAUGUGGAUCGGCAUAGAUAUUUCAAAGUCUAUGCUCGAUAUCGCCGUGGAACGCGAGGUUGCUGGGGAUGUCAUUCUGGGAGACAUGGGCGAGGGAAUGCCCUUCAAGCCGGGCACCUUCGACGGCGCCAUCUCGAUCUCUGCCCUCCAAUGGCUCUGCAAUGCGGACAAGUCGUAUCACAAUCCGCACAAGCGCCUCCUGAAGUUCUUUACCACCUUGUUCUCGUGUCUGACACGUACCGCGCGAGCUGUCUUCCAAUUUUAUCCGGAGAACUCCGAUCAGAUCGAGAUGGUCACCUCGCAAGCCAUGAAGGCGGGAUUCUACGGAGGAUUGGUUGUCGACUAUCCAAACUCUGCCAAGGCUAAGAAGUACUACCUGGUGCUCAUGACUGGAGGAUCUGCUGAGCUGCCGCAGGCUUUGGGCUCAACUGAAGAGGAACGUCGUGUAAACUAUAUAAAGAAACGUGAUGCUUGCCGUGAGGCUCGGGGAAAAGCCCCAAAGAAAUCCCGCGAUUGGAUCCUAGCCAAGAAAGAGCGUCGACGUCGCAAGGGUUUGGAAACCCGUCCUGAUACUAAGUACACUGCACGCAAGCGCAGCGGCAAAUUUUGAAUAAAGUGUUUACAUUUAAAAUUA